AUGGCUUCACCCAUGCCCAGACGACUUCGCCCGUGCCGUCAUGACCUCCCCCGCGCCGCCAUGAGCUCGCCCGUGCCACCAGCUUACUUGCGUACCCCCGACAAACUUCCCCCGCAGCUCGUCAGCCACGGUGUACCCAGCCCAGCCGUGCGAACAGUACCAAGCCCCAGCCGUGCGAGGCGUACCCAGCCCAGCUGUGCGAGGCGCACGCAGCCUCAGCCGAUAGAGGCGAACGCAGCCUCAGCCGAUAGAGGCCGCAGCCUUUCCCAGCCGAGAGAGGUCGCAGCCUUUCCCAGCAUUGUGAGACGAAGCAAGGAGCCCAUCGCCUCUUGGAUAGUGCCGCCGCUCUCCGAGCGCGUCGUGCGAGACGCCACAGCGCCAAUCUCCGAGUGCGUCCUGCGAGACGCCCCACCGCCACUGACCGGUCAUGCUGUGCCCGUCGCCAGCAAUAUGGACCGCCCCGUCGCCAGCAGUAUAGCAUGCCCCGUCACCAGCAGUAUAGGAUGCCACGUCCCCAGCAGUAUGGACUGCCCCAUCGCUCGCUACACGAGCUGCAUCUCGCCGUCGCUCAAUGGAGCCUAUCUCACCGGCGCUCAAUGGAGUGUAUCUCGCCGACGCUCGACGAGGUGUGGGUAG